AUGAUGAUGAUGAUGCGCCGUGUGAUGUGUGUGUUGGCCGUUGUGCUGUGCUGUGCCUGCGGGUAUACCAUGACGGCUGCUGCUGCUGUUGAUAAUGACAGUCCCAGUGGCCGUGGUGUAUCCCGUGGGGCUGUGGAGGUGUCGUGCGGGGCCGGCGGUGCGCUGCGUGUACGCCCCGCUGCGGAGAGCGAGUGGCUUACAUGCGGUGCGGGCAGCCGUGUGUCUGCAUGUGGGAAGUACGCAGACCUCUGCCGCCAGCGUACCGCAACAAGAGCAGCAACAACAAGAACAACCAUUGCUACUACUGCUGGACAGCCAAAGGCAGUGAUGGCGAAUGGAGAUAGUCGUGAUUCUGUUGAUCGAAGUUCAGGGAUACGUCUUCAUGAUGAUUGGGAGGGUUUUCCUCUUCUUUCAGGGAGUGAUAGGGACAAAAGGGUGAAAGAUGAGUGUACGAAGGAUUCCAACCCUGAAGGUGAAGUCGAAGGAAGAAAAUGUUCGGUGUGGUUAAAAUCUCAAAAGGUGGAGGAAGAAAUGAAACGUGUACAAAGCUCAGGAGACCAUGUGGGGAGCGAAGUCGAAGAAAGAAGAAGUGAUGCUCAAGGGGUACAAGUCCAACGUCCUGCUGGUGAAAUUCCACAUCAAGACUCUGUUAGCAGCGACCGCCGUGUUGGUACAUUAAGUUCCCCAGAGGACCCUUCAGCGCCUCAGGGUUCAUCUGGGACUUCUUCUCUUUCUGACACCACCAUUACUGCCGCACGAGAAGUCUCUGCUUCCAGCGUAGAAACACCAACAGUUACCAGCACAAAACUCCAAACUCAAGGUUCUACUGCAGAGAGCAGUACAACCUCACCAGCAUCCACUAACGAGAGUACAGGUAACAGUACCUCUGGUGCAGACACAGCUAAUAACAGUACACCCGAUAAUUCUAACGCUACCCAGCAAUCUCCUGCAACUGUUCUUGAUGCGACUGCAGCUGACUCAGAAGAAACCAAUUCCACUACUCCGCCGAGCACCGAGAACACUACCACAGAAGCACCAUCCACCACGCUAUCUCCUGUUCUCGUGACCGACCCACAGAUUGGCAACGUCGUUUCCACUGUACAGAAGAAGGCUAAUGUUGACAGCAGUAUCAGUCCUGUGUGGAUGCGCACUGCAGCACCGCUGCUGAUUGUGGCUGUCUUUGUCUCUGCUACCGUGUACUGA